ACGCCGCGAGCGGCGCGGUACCGGCCCUGGGGGGCGCUGCGCGGUGUGCGCCAGGCCGGGUCCAAGGCGCCGCUAGCAGGUUACUCCCGUCCCUUCCCCCGCUCAGCUGCAGAGCAUCCCGGGGAGGGACGUGGCGGGCAGGCCCGGGACAGCUGCGAGGAGCGGCCGACGGCCGGCAGCGUCCGCGUCCAACUCGCUUUGGCCCCACAUCGAAGCCAGACUCUCACCUCUUCCCCAACUUAAUUCCUUCUCCUACCCGCGUGCCUGCGGAUUUUUUCAGAGCAUCGUGCGGAGUCCAGGCCCAGAUUCUUGCUUUUCUAAACUGCUUAUGGACACUGGUUUGACAUCUGAGAAACGCUCCAGUUUGCCUGCCUGCUGCCCUAUGUGUAUUCAAGGCAAAGUGCACGAUUUCCGCAGCUUUGGGCAGAAAUUCGGCAGCUGUGGUGGCCCUGCUAGCGAGCACAAUUUAAAAAUAAGAGAUUUACGAGGAUGGUAACAUUGGCUGUUGCUACUUUGUGAAAAUGUCAUCCUCAUGGGGUUCCUUUUUCUUAGAUGUGGAAGUCGAGGCAUCUCAAUGAGGUUAACUAUUGGUUUGUAGGACCUGUUGAGGCGUGGGGGAGAACGACCCAGAUUCCCCGUCAAGUGUCUACUGGGCCGGUUUCACCAACACAUUUAAGUGGCCAGGCCUCCAAAAAAUCAACCUCAACAUGAUAAUGGUUGAAGCCUUUAGCACUUUAAAUUGAUCGGCCUGAUCAUUCAGGCAGGACUGGCCCGUUUCUCGGAGACAAAAGUGGUGACCCUGGUCCUUCAGGAACAGGCUGGUUUCAUUUCUGAUUCCUGAAUGUGGGAUACCGUCAAAAGAACUGAAAAACCUGGUCAUGGAAACUGGACCCUAUUACUUUGUGAAGAAUUUACCUGUUCAUGAGUUAAUUACACACGAAUUCAUCAACACCUUUGUAAAGAAAGGUUCGUGCUAUGCACUAACAUACAAUACAAACAUUGAUGAAGAUAAUACUGUUGCCCUGCUGCCAAAUGGGAAACUAAUUUUAUCACUGGAUAAAGACACUUAUGAAGAAACUGGACUUCAAGGUCAUCCAUCUCAGUAUUUUGGCAGAAAAAUAAUGAAAUUUAUUAUUUCCAUUGAUUUGAUGGACUUAUCCUUUAAGCCGGAUUCUAAGAAGUAUCAAAGAAUAUCUUGGUCCUUCAAAGAAAAGAAGCCAUUGAAAUUUGAUUUUCUUGUGGCUUGGCAUCAUACAGGUGUAGAAGAAUCGAUGAUGUCAUACUUUUCCAAUUACCAAAUUCAGGAGCAUCAGCCAAAAAUAGCAGUGAGAACGGUGGCAGAUCUGCAUUGCCCAGUGCUGCAGAGCAGUGAGCUCAGGGGAAAGCCGGAGGUGUCGUGCAGUGCUGGGGAGCUCCUCGACUGGCUGGGCGCCGUCUUCUGUAACGCUGAAUUGAAUAAUGAGCCUAAUAAUUUCAUAUCGACUUAUUGUUGUCCUCAGCCAAGCACAGUGGUAGCAAAAGCUUAUUUGUGCACAAUCACUGGUUUCAUACUUCCAGAGAAGAUAUGUCUCCUGUUGGAACAGCUGUGUCACUACUUUGAUGAACCAAAAUUAGCUCCUUGGGUUACGUUGUCAGUUCAAGGCUUUGCAGACAGCCCUGUUUCCUGGAGAGAAAAUGAACAUGGUUUUCGAAAAGGAGGAGAACAUUUAUACAACUUUGUGAUAUUUAAUAAUCAGGACUAUUGGCUGCAGAUGGCUGUUGGGGCAAAUGAUGACUGUCCACCAUAAAAAAUACAGAAUUUAUAAUCAUGUUUGUUUAUGUAUAUGCUUUUCAGAUUUCUGAAUGGUAAAAGGACUGUGUGUUCACUCAGGCUUGUAUGAUGGUGUCAUAUAUUAAAUAAGCAUCUGUUAGCAUUGUGCCCUGGACUUGUGUCCCAUCCUGUGACUGCCGCUGGGCCUGUCAUCCAGCGAAUUGCUCACAGUUGACUUCUUCCUGUCAAUAUAAGCACAGGGGUAUGGCUUACUACAUGGUAGAGUGGGCCAGGGACCAGGGGUUAUGGGACCAUGUUACUCAGGCAUUUGAUUACUUUUUCACAUAAUAAAAAGAUAUCCUCAUAUCAUA